AUGAAAAGGAAUGGGGCUGACUCUGCUGAAAAAGAUGCAACAGCAAACCCAUGCUUGCAGGAUGAAGGGGCAAGUGAGCUUGAAGUUUCCAACCUGGAUCUCACAGUCCAGAAGAAUACUCAAAAUAGAGUACCUGAGAAAGAAAGCAAAAGGCUACAAGAAGCUUCAACAGUAAAGCCUCAGGAAUACAUCCGUGAGAUAUAUGCUGAUCCGCCAAGAGAACACGAAGCUCCACGAAAAUGUGAGAAGGCACCAAUAGAAUGUAGUUCACAGGAUGCAAAAGACCAGGGUGUUAUGGAUCCUGAGAACUCACACAAAGGUUUGGUUAAGCUACCCCCUUAUCCAACAGUCAAACAGCUCUUACCAGGAGAGGUGGGUGAAAAGUUCCUGGAAGCCUCUAAUCUUGAGUUUGACAAGAUUCGAAUGGUUUUUCAAUCUGCAUCUAAAUUUAGCAGUCCUGAAUUAACCUAUAUAUCACAAGGGAUAGAAAUCAAAAAGAAGCAUCUCAAGGGAACCAUAACUGAACAGAGGGAUGGCGAAAAUCAUAGUAAGGAAACUACUGAAGCAGAUGAUGCCAUAAAGAAAGAUACUUCAAAUGAAAAGGCCAUGAGCUCUGACGUGAUAUUGGCAAAGCAAGAGGAAGACAGACCAUGUGAUGACAAUGAGGAAACAAUCAAGAUUGGACAACUGCAAAUUACAGGCUUGACUGUCCCACAAGUUACAGAUGCAACAGCUGGAGAAGCAACAGAUGAGAAAGUAAAUGAAAAUUUCAAUGAAGUUCCUAUACAUGCUGCCAAUAGCCCAACACAUGAAAGCAUUGGGACAUGUAAUGGGAAAAAAGAUAUUACUAGUUCUGACACUAAUUACUCACCAAAAGCUAUGGACAAUGAGAAGCUGGAGCAUGCAUCUCUUGAGCCAGCAUGCAAAGGCCUGAUUCUAAAAAACCAAGAGGUUUUGCCAGCAUUUUCACAGGAAAAAGUAGCAGAGAAAGGGAACAAGGAUACUGUAGAUGACAAACAUUAUGACUUCAUAUCUGACAAGCAAACAAUGGAAACAGUGCGUGUGGUGGAAGAAGUUAAAUGCAGUCAUUGUGAGGAGGAGCACAAAAAGAAUGAGGAGCCAGCAGAGCUUCAAAAAGUUGAAAAUGAGAUUGAUCAAGCCAACAAUCAUAGGGCAAUAACUGAAAAAGGACACAAGGAAGGUAAGCAUCAAAAGGAGAAGCCUUAUGUUCUGUUUCAUGUUGAGGAUCCAGAAGUAUCAAAUGAAAAGGACAUAAUGGAUCUGGCUGAAGCAAAAGGGACCAGUAAAGAUACACAAGAACAGGAGAAAAAUUCCCUUCCUUUGUCCCAUGAGCACAUUGCAAUAAAAGCAGAUCCAAGUGAGAGCACAAAAAAUACAAGUUCAACUGCCAGCGAAGAUGUUACUUUAACACAAGGGAGCUCAACUGCAAACACCCUUCAGAAAGCCAUGGUUAAAGAUUUAAAAGCUGGACAUGUGUCAGGGUCAGGACAAAAAGGAAUAGAAUAUUGUGAAAAGAAAACAAUGGGUGAAGAAUGUCAAGAAGCAAUAGAAAACUCCAUACUGAUGGAUUCGACAGAGAAUUCACUAUCUGACAUGAUGCAGAAAUCCAAAACAGCAACUUUGCAAAUGCCAGACCAUGGGACAGGAAAGAGGGAGCUUACAGGUGACAAGGAAGAAACACAGACUCAGAUGGCAGAAACAGCUCAAGCUGGAGAAGCAAAAGCAGAUGAAGAGAAUGAUGAACAAGAGGAAAUAUAUGAACCAAAAACUGAAGAGUCGGGCACUUAUGCUCCAGUCAUUGUAGAAACUUCAAGAGAUUCUGAUGUCAAAACUCCACAUAAGAAAUCUCACAAAAUACUUUCAGGUGUUGGGUCAAGGGUCAAGCAUUCAAUUGCCAAGGUGAAAAAAGCCAUAAUCGGUAAGUCUUCCCAUCCAAAGAUACAAUCAUCAAAAUAGGACAAGAGGAUGUUAUCUAUGAGUUUGAAAAACUGCUUGAGUGAUGUCUAGAGGGAUGAAAUUUAAGUAGAAAAAGCUUGCUAGUAAUUUCACUUUGUGUUUAGGUUCCCAUGUUUGAGUGCAGCUGUUUAUUUGUCCAACUUGAAAAGAACAGAAUCAUCUCUGGUAUAAAGUUAAUUAAGCAGCUACACUGUUGGAAUAUAUUGUUUA